CCCAAGUUGGUGAGCAGCCAGACCCAGGUGGGCUCAGUCGGCAGUUUCUCCCACACAGGAGCUGGGGAUGGGGAGGAGAGAGAGGCAGCUGGGAGGAAGAGGACGAGUCGUUGCCAAGAACGGAUGAAGGCAGCAGGGCGCCAGCUGCAGGCCUUCUGCCUGUCACUGGCCCAGAGCAUUUACCAGCCCCUGAGGUGCUUCUUCCAUGAUAUCCUACACACCAAGUACCGUGCAGCCACCGACGUCUACGCGCUCAUGUUCCUGGCUGACGUGGUCGACUUCAUCAUCAUCAUCUUUGGCUUCUGGGCCUUUGGGAAGCACUCGGCAGCCACGGACAUCACAUCCUCCCUGUCAGACGACCAGGUUCCGGAGGCCUUCCUGGUCAUGCUGCUGAUCCAGUUCAGCACCAUGGUGGUUGACCGUGCCCUCUACCUGCGCAAGACAGUGCUGGGCAAGCUGGUCUUCCAGGUGGUGCUGGUGGUGGCCAUCCACCUCUGGAUGUUCUUCAUUUUGCCAGCUGUCACCGAAAGGAUGUUCAGCCAGAAUGCGGUGGCCCAGCUGUGGUACUUCGUGAAGUGCAUCUACUUCGGCCUGUCCGCCUACCAGAUCCGCUGCGGCUACCCAACACGCAUCCUUGGCAACUUCCUCACCAAGAAGUACAACCACCUGAACCUCUUCCUGUUCCAGGGGUUCCGGCUGGUGCCCUUCCUGGUGGAGCUGCGGGCCGUCAUGGACUGGGUGUGGACAGACACCACCCUGUCCCUGUCCAGCUGGAUGUGUGUGGAGGACAUCUACGCCAACAUCUUCAUCAUCAAGUGCAGCCGUGAGACCGAGAAGAAAUACCCACAGCCCAAGGGGCAGAAGAAGAAGAAGAUUGUCAAGUACGGCAUGGGCGGCCUCAUCAUUCUCUUCCUCAUCGCCAUCAUCUGGUUCCCACUGCUCUUCAUGUCCCUGGUCCGCUCCGUGGUUGGUGUUGUCAACCAGCCCAUUGAUGUCACUGUCACUCUCAAGCUGGGUGGCUAUGAGCCCCUGUUCACCAUGAGCGCCCAGCAGCCAUCCAUUGUGCCCUUCACGCCCGAGGCCUACGAGGCGCUGUCCCAGCAGUUCGACCCCUAUCCGCUGGCCAUGCAGUUCAUCAGCCAGUACAGUCCAGAGGACAUUGUCACAGCGCAGAUCGAGGGCAGCUCUGGGGCGCUGUGGCGCAUCAGCCCCCCGAGCCGAGCGCAGAUGAAGCGGGAACUAUACAAUGGCACAGCAGACAUCACCUUGCGCUUCACCUGGAACUUCCAGAGGGACCUGGCCAAGGGCAGCACCGUGGAGUACACCAAUGAGAAACACACACUGGAGCUGGCCCCCAACAGCACAGAGCGGCGGCAGCUGGCCCACCUGCUGGAGGGCACCUCGGACCAGUCUGUCAUUAUCCCCCACCUCUUCCCCAAGUACAUCCGCGCCCCCAACGGGCCUGAGGCCAGCCCCGUGAAGCAGCUGCAGCCCAAUGAGGAGGCUGACUACCUUGGUGUGCGCAUCCAGCUUCGGAGGGAGCAGGUAGGCUCGGGGGCUGCUGGCUUCCUGGAGUGGUGGGUCAUUGAGCUGCAGGACUGCCAGGCCAGCUGCAACCUGCUGCCCAUGGUCAUCUUCAGCGACAAGGUCAGCCCGCCCAGCCUGGGCUUCCUGGCUGGCUACGGCAUCAUGGGGCUGUACGUGUCCAUCGUUUUGGUCAUCGGCAAGUUCGUGCGUGGCUUCUUCAGUGAGAUCUCACACUCCAUCAUGUUUGAGGAGCUGCCCUGUGUGGACCGUAUCCUCAAGCUGUGCCAGGACAUCUUCCUGGUGCGGGAGACGCGGGAGCUAGAGCUGGAGGAGGAGCUGUACGCCAAGCUCAUCUUCUUGUACCGCUCCCCGGAGACCAUGAUCAAGUGGACACGUGAGAAGGAAUAGGAGCCUGGCUCCUCGGCCCCGGGAAUGAAGGAGCUGCCUAUGGGCAGCAUGGCCACCAGUGUAGGUGGCACUCCUCGGGCCAGGGCUGCAGCUGCCACGUGUCCUCCCUGGCUCACCUGAAACCUGAUGCUGCUGUCAGAAGGACACUGUGCUCCCCGUGGCCCUCACACACCCAGUACAGCCAUACUGGGCCUGGAGCCCUGGCCCACCCACCCUUCCUCCACGUACUGUAGAAUUUUCUAAUUAAAACCUUUUUAUUUAUACAAAUGGA